GCGUCCGAAAAGAAAUUAUCGAACCCGAUGAGGGAGAUCAAGGUUCAGAAGCUCGUUCUUAACAUCUCCGUCGGCGAAAGCGGAGAUCGUCUCACGAGAGCUGCUAAGGUGUUGGAGCAACUCAGUGGACAAAUCCCGGUUUUCUCCAAGGCAAGGUACACUGUACGUUCCUUUGGGAUCCGACGUAAUGAAAAAAUUGCUUGCUAUGUCACUGUCCGAGGUGACAAGGCAAUGCAACUCCUGGAGAGUGGCUUGAAGGUCAAGGAAUAUGAGCUGCUGAGAAGGAAUUUCAGUGAUACUGGCUGUUUUGGUUUCGGAAUCCAGGAACACAUUGAUCUUGGAAUUAAGUAUGACCCAUCUACUGGUAUUUAUGGCAUGGAUUUCUAUGUUGUCCUUGAACGCCCUGGAUAUCGUGUGGGCCGCCGCCGUAGGUGCAAGUCGCGUGUUGGGAUCCAGCACAGGGUCACUAAGGAUGAUGCAAUGAAGUGGUUCCAGGUUAAAUAUGAGGGAGUUAUCCUGAACAAGGCUUCAAACAUCGGAGCUUAGGUUGUAAGAGCAUUAUCUGAUUUAGAGACAAUUCGUGUGUUAUCUUUGCUUUUUGUCAAGGUUUUGUAGAAUUUCUGCUUGAAAGAGUGUUCCAUCCAUCAUUUAUAAUUUUUCGGAGCUUAAUUAUGUUUCAAUUUUGUUUUUUGUAUGUGUUUUGAGUUGCUGACGUUAUGCGGGUUAAGUUUAUGAAUAUUGGUUCAAGUGAUCAAAUUUUUGCAAUUGUGCAUUGUUCAUGGCAUUUAUUUGUUUCCACAAUCCGGGUUUGUCCAUGAACAUUGGUCCUUUUUCGUGAAAAAUCUCUAUAAAUGAAAUGUUG